GUGCUGGAGGCCGACCGUGAACAUGGAGCUCGCCCCCCUCGCGAUCAGCAUCCGCGCGACGCUGAUCGACCGCGAGCGGUGGAUCUUCCGCGAGUGGGCUUUCCUCCGCCAGUCGUGGGCCUUCAGGCUGGCGAGCGAGCAGACCACGGGGAUCUGCUCCUCCAAGAUGCCCGGGCGCAUCUUCGACACGCAGGUGCAGAUCCUCCGCGCGAAGCGGUUCCUCCACCAGCGGCCGAUCCCCCGCCAGACGUGCUGCCACCAGGUGCACCUGUCCUUCAACGUGGAGACCUUCGCGGCGCUGCGCAGCAGCCACCUCGAGCAG